UUUCAAUUUUCGAACUUAAGACAAAAUCUCCAAAACCCUCUUUUUUUUUUCAAUUCUCUCACAUCCGCUCUUUCUUUCUCUCUCUCAUCUGCAAAUCUGGAGAACAAUCAAGAAGACGAACGCAUCUCCGUCAAUUCAAAUCCACACCCACCAUUUUCAGGUACUUUUCCAGAAAAACCCUUCUCUGGAAUUUCAUAUUAUAGCUCAAUUUCUUCAAUUUCACUUCAAAUUGUCCCACUUUAUAAAAGAAAAUCAUGGUUAGAGAGCAAAGAGUGGAGACAUUUUACUCCAAAUUACGCGAUUCUUCAUUACGAUCCUCGAAUAAUUCACCGGAAUUCUCUGAUUCUGCUUUAGCUUCUUCCCCUUUGUUAAUCUUCCCUUCCACUUCAGAUGUAGAUUCUCUCUGUGCCCUUAAAAUUAUUUUUCAUAUCCUUGAGUCGGAUUCAAUACAAUAUGCUUGUUACCCGGUAUCGUCUUUUAAUGAGAUUCACAAGUAUUUGGAGCCUAGUUUGAGCUUAUCACCUGAUACCCCUCUCACUAUGCUGCUUAUAAAUUGGGGAAGUCAUAGAGAUCUGAGGAAGUUGUUGAAUUUGUCGCAAUCGAUGCGGGUUUUUGUCGUUGAUAGCCACCGUCCUAUCCAUUUACAUAACUUGAGUGAAGGGAACGAUCAGGUGGUUGUGCUUUAUACUAAAGAUGAUGAGGAACAAGCUGAUUUGACCUAUGAUUUUGAUAUUUGGCAGUUGGCUAAUGUGAGUGAUUUGAACAGUGAUGAUGAGGGAGGUGAGGAGAGUGAUGAAGAGGAGAGCGAAAGCGAGAGCGAGAGUGAUGACGAGGGAGGAGAUGGUGAGGGUAGGAAGAAAAGGAGGGUUUCAGAUGAAGGAGAAGCUGAUCCAGUUAAGCUUUUUAGGAGGUUGAAAAAGCAGUAUUAUGAGAUGGGUACAUUUCAUGGUAAGCCAUCUGGGUGUUUGAUGUAUGAUUUAUCGCAUUCAUUGAGGAAAAACACGAAUGAGCAGCUCUGGUUAUCCUGUGUUUCGAUAACUGAUCAGUUUGUUCAUGAGAGGCUGACCACUGAGAGGUACCAAGCUGGGGUUAUGGAGCUGGAGCAGCAUAUUAACAGUCUAGGGAAUUUGGAUGCUAUUACCUCAAUUACUCUGAAAGAUGGGACUAAAAUUCGUGCUCCUGAUUCUUCUAGGAUUGCGUAUGAGGAUGAGCCGAGGUUGAUGUUGCUAAGGGAGUGGAAUUUGUUUGAUUCAAUGCUGUGUUCUUCUUACAUUGCAACAAAGUUGAAGACUUGGAGUGACAAUGGGAUGAAGAAGCUUAAGCUUCUUUUGGCUAGGAUGGGAUUUGCACUUAUUGACUGUCAGCAGAAGUUUCAGUACAUGAGUAUUGAAGUUAAGCGGAAAAUGAAGGAUGAAUUCGAGCGAUUUCUGCCUGAAUAUGGGCUGACUGAUUUCUAUUACAGAAGUUUUUUGCGGCUUCAUGGGUAUAGCUCAAGAGUUUCUGCUGCAGAUGUGGUAUAUGGGGUCACUGCCCUUUUGGAGUCUUUCAUCAGGUUUGAUGGCUCUUGUACUUCUAAGCAGUUUGGGGUAGCUUAUGAUGCAUUGUCAUUGAAUAACUUAGAUCAAUUGAGGCUUGGAAUGCAGAAUGCAAUAAAGGUACAGCGCGCUAUUCUAAGACAAGGAAGCACAGCUAUAACCAAAAGGGGUUCAAUAAGAAGUGGGAGGAAAUUUAGGUGGGUCAAACUUGAAGAUUCAGCAGAUACAAAGCUCUUAGGAUAUCCUCAAGCAUUAACUAAGUUCUGCUAUUUUGUGAUGGAUGCGUUGCGAGAGAAAGGGGCAAGAAUGAAACCACUGCUGUGUGCUUGUUUAGCACAAGAACAAGGUAAAGUCCUGAUUGUUGGGGUGACAGGGAAGCCUCGACUUGGAGCAGUACAAGGUAAUGCAUUUGGUAUGGCUUUCAAGAAUGCAGCCCAAGAGAUAGGUGUCGAGUUUUUCCACGAGCUCUUCGAAUCAUCGUGGAUAAUAUUAGAUAAAGUUGCUGUCAAUUCUUUCAUGGUGAGGUUAACUGAAAAACUGUAGUUAUACAAUGAUUCGAAUCGUAUUUCCUCAUAUAUUGUACUACUACUAGUGAGUAUCAAGUGUAAACAUCAAUUAACUCGGCCUUUCAUUGCUGUGUUUAAUAAUAUUGUUGCGUUUAUGCCUUGAAUGGUUGAUUUUUGGGGUGACUUAGUAACAGUAAAAGGUAAUAGAAGUAUAUUUCAGCA